UAUCUCUCUAGCUGGUUGUCUCCGAAUCAUGCAGCCGACGAGCAGCCGCUGAACUCUCAGUACUCCGGCUGGCAGUCGACUGUCAACACCAGCAAUCAACCAUCGCCCAAUCGUCGAGAGCAUCCAAUGCAGCCACCGCUGCUAACGACCGCGUUGAAUGCCUCACAGUUCCAUCAAGUGUCAACCCCGCUGUCCUCCACGUCGCUUUCCAGUCCAUUCACCCAGGGCCAAUCUCCCGCUGUCUCGUCGCCGUCCAACGGCAGAUCGGCAUCGUCUUCCUCCUCAAUGGCGUCGAGGCAAUACAGCAUCCCUUAUAAUCCGCAAGACUGGGGCCCUGUGAGAGGGAAUCAUGGCCAGGCCACGUAUUCCCAGCAAGCUACUGUCCAUCAUGCUGCGCCGCAGCAGCGACUCCAUGCAGACGCGGCUAUAUCACCACCGCCUCCACCAUAUUCACCUCCACAUAAUCAGAAUUCGAUACCACGAGACUCGUACGGCCAAGCGAGCUCGGGUAUCGCAACGGCUCCUAUCGUAACCUCACCGCAUCAGCAAUACAGAACAAAUGAAUAUGAUAACUCCGCAGAGCAUCAUAGACGGUCUGCCCCUCGCCCUCGCCCUCGCCCCGUGUCUAUGAUCUACGGCAACGAUGUAGCCUUGCACCGGCAGUCAUUACCUCCUCCACCGCCUCCUCAAGGAAAUCUAGGAUCCAGAUCCAAUUCCCAGAAUCGAUUAAAUACAUAUCCAGACUUUCCUUACAACUCUGCUUCUACAGGCUCGCAGUCCCGAGCAUCACUGGCAAUGUACGAUCAACCUUUACCAUCGCCGGCGUUGCAAAGCAAUGGACCUGGGCCGUCUGCGGGGCAAUUGGAGAGACCACCCGCAUCCCGACGAGCUGCCUCUGCAGGUGCCAUUGUGAGUAGUGCAAGCUCGUCAAGGCCCUCCAGUCUAUCGCGAGGUUCGUCGCCAGCGAAUGGUUGGGAACCUGGUAUGCCUCUUCCACCACCUCCUCCCGGACCGCCGCCUGCAGGGAGGUCGGCGAGUGUGAGUGGUUCAUCGGAGUCAUCUGCAAGAAUGACUCACGGUCCAAGUAGGACUCGUGUACGACCACCACCAUUGAUGGGUACUGAUUUGGGUAGCAUUCCACCAACGCCAGCUGAUUGGGUAGAUGAAGAGUAUAUCAACCACCCACCACACAGAGAGCGAGAGCCGCUGCACAUUGACACCAACAGGGCGAUGGAAGCACCAGAUUUGGCAGAUAAUUUGGACUCAAGUGGCCAGUUGCAGCAGUCUCAGAAAACCCCCGGUAGUGGAGGUAGUGGUCUCUUCCGCAGCCCGGCUAUUCGUGAUCCCAGCGCAAAAGGCAUUCGUGAAAGAAGAAUCGAGCGUCGAAACAGGCAAAGUCAACAUUUUGAGGAUAUGAGUGCGGUGUCAUCUACCAGCGGGAAUCCCUGGGCUGAUGCAUUAGAGCAUAUUGUGCCGUCCGAUCUGGUUUUUCCCGAACCCAAGAACAGCCCAGAGCAUACUCGCCAAUCGUCUACUUCAAGGUUUACUCCUCGAAGUACAAAGAGUAUUGGCUCAGACAGCCAACAUCCGACUUCGCGGUCAAGAGCGUCCUCUGGUGGCCUCUUCUCCGACAGAUCAUCCUCUUACUCAACACCAAAGCCGGAUCAGAGUCCCGCAGGGCCUUCAGCUGCAUUUGCAAACACGCCACCGUUCUCACCCAAUGGAGACUCAUCAUCUCGUUAUUAUAAAGAAGAAUCUCAAGCGAUACCACCAAAGGCUCUUCCAACACCACCCCUCAAUUCUGCCAAAGGCCCUCAAUCACAACCACGCUCUCGUGCUACGUCCCGGGGAACAGAGGACCGUCCGAUUUCUCAUAUACUGCAUAUUCCUAAUGAUGGCAUCCCUGGAAUGAAGCCAUUGUCGCCACGCCGAUUACCCGCCCCGCAGACCGUCCAGCAGACUUCUCUAGAGUCCCUUAUGAAGCAGGACACUGAGUUCACCCAAAGCUCCAUACAAAGACACAAGAAAUUCAUCGAAGAAGAAGCCGCGGCAGUGAAUGAGGCUGACGCUUUGAAAAUUUUCAAUGAGUAUAUAAUCGCCGAGUCCCAAAUACGCCGUCAGCGAUAUGCCAAUGUGUUUGAUACUGCCUCGACCCAAAUUGAGGAUGUACGACGCAAGCUCUUCGAAACACCCAAGAGUCAACCCGGGGCACCAUCCAACAAGCCUGUGAAGCCGGCACCAACGCUGGAGAUCCCUUCGAAUAGACCUACUCGACCUGAGUCCGCUUGGUGGAAUAACUACCAGCCAUGUCUUUCACCGAUUGCCAGUCUCGGCAUGAGUAAUGAUGAGAUGAGCUCUAGAGGCAGGGCACCCAGUCGUUGGUGGGAAUCCAAGACCGGAUCCAGCAGUGAAGGUGGUGAGAGAAGGAUCCAGCGAACUAAACGAGAGUCUAAAUACAUGGGAUUGCCCCGAGAGGCCAUGCAGUGGGACCAGGAGCGGACACCUUCCAAACUCGACGAUGCGGGUGCAAAUUAUACGGGGCAGCAGGUACCCUACGGUCCAGACGAGUAUCCACCAGAGAAAGUUGGCUGGCACGAAGAAACCGCAGAUCAUCCCAGCAAUAGGAAGAAUGGAACCGCUCAGAUGAUGGCUAGUCAAAGGCUAGACAUCUCGCGUCUAGUUACUCUGCCUCCACCGUACCCACGCCAUUAUCCUGCCGUGAACAACAGUCACCCAGACCUCGUGUCUUACCGGACCACUGUUCGAUCAAUCACAGACUUGUCAGAGAUCAAGGCCACUCGCGAGCGUUACAAGGCUGACAUGGAAAGGAUCAGCCAAGAAUAUAUGGACCAGGUCAAAGAAAGCCGCCGUCAGUUCAAGGCGAAUAUUCAGAGCCAGAUUCAAGAAGGAAGCCUCAGUUUCGCAGAAGCUGCAGAAGCCGAAGCUGCAAUGUUGGUCGAUGAGAAAAAACAUGAACGAGAUCUGGCAAAGCGACAACUUGACAGUUACCAAGAAACCGUGCUGAAUCCGAUGAAUGCUAUUCUCGCAGACAGGAUUAGCAGAGCAACAACCUGCAUCGACGAAUUGAGUAGUAGGCUGUUUGAUGAUGCCCAACACGAGACGCCAGACCAAACGCAAGAAGAAGGCGAUGAGAAACCCGAGCUCCUGGAGAAGCUUACGCAACUCAAGUGGCUCUUUGAGGCACGAGAGCAACUCCACCGGGAAACAUUCGACCUGGUCAGCGACCGCGACGAGAAAUACAAAUUCGUUGCUCUGUUACCCUAUCAGCAAAGCAAAAACGAGGAUAAGCUCCGAGAAACCAAAGUCUUCUUCUCGAAAGAUGCUCUGGACCGACGCGUCCAGUACGAGACCUCAGCACUUACCCGUCUCGAAUCCUUCCUAGACGUCAUUGAGCAAAACGUCGUCCGAGGAGUCGAAGUACAGCUCUCCGCAUUCUGGGACAUUGCACCCUCCCUCCUCGCCCUGAUACAACAGGUCCCCGAAAACCUUCGCGGUUUCCAAGUACAAAUUCCCGCAAACGAAUACGAAGAGAACCCGAGCUAUCACGCACACCCGCUACAGUACCUGUAUUCGCUGCUCUCGCACGCCGAGAAAUCGAGCUACCAGUACAUCGAGUCGCAGACUAAUCUGCUCUGCCUGCUUCACGAGGUACGAUCGGCAGUGAUGCGCGCCAGUCGCAAUCUCGCCGAGGCAGAUAUGAUUUGGAAGGGCGAGCCUGAGGAGACUGUUCGUCAGGAGAUGCAGGCGACCAGGGCUGAUGAGGAGCUUACGCUCACGAUGGAUCUCAAGGAGAAGGUUGCAACUGUUGAAGGGCAGUGGGCUGAGGCAUUGGGGAGUCAGGUCCAGGGGCUGCGGGAGCGUGUCAAGGGUGAGUUGUUGGCUGAAGAUGGGUGGGAAGAUUUGGAGCAAUUGGAGCAGGAGUAG